UCCCUCCUUUGCGCUAUGGCAGAAUUGAUGCUGCACGGAGGCAACCCAUGAUCGCAGACUCAACACGCAUCCUCACACCACUGACCUGGGCUGAGCUGUGUCCUGGAUGUGUGUGCGUGUGUGUGCAUGUGUGUGAGCGGGAGUGUGAGUGAGAUCCCCAGAAACGAGCGGCAGGAUGGGGGACCUCAAGGAGAAUCUGGGAACUUUGGAUUGACGCCCGGGGAUAACGCGCCGUCGGCCUGAACCUCGUCGGGCUUCUCGUGGAUUUUAUACAUUUGGAUGUUGUCUCCCCGUUUUUACCUUUUCCUUUCAGGCAGUGGGGAUUUACACUUGGCUCGCAGUCUCUGUUAUUUUUGGCGAACAAAAUGCCAUUGGCCAAAAGGAUUGUGGAGCCGCAGCUUCUGUGCAGACACCAGAUCCCCAACGAUGAAGAUGUGCUUUUCGAGGAUCUGUGUGCCAUCAGCAAUGUGGUUCUCUCGCGGACCUUGCGACAGCUGUCCGACCUGGCACGGCAUGCGUGCUCUUUAUUUCAGGAGCUGGAAAACGACAUCAUGAGCACCAACCAGCGUGUCUGGGUCCUUCAGAACAAAAUAGGCCAGAUCCAGCAGACUGCCAGUGCCCUGGACCCGAAAAAGGAGGCAGUGCCGGUGUCAAACCUGGACAUAGAAAGCAAGCUGUCGGGGCACUAUCAGGCGCCAUGGCACCAGCAACACAAUGUGUUUCACCCAUGUACCAGACCACCGUGUCUGGAGGAGCUCCACAGAAGUGCUCAGCUGAGUCUCAGAGCUUUGCAUCGAGACGAACAACAGCAUCAGCUUUCCUCAACUCGGGAGAGAAACAGGGUGACCAUCUCCAUCUCGGUGGCACCACCCAUGCCCAGCUUUCCCUCCCCGCAUAGCAUCCGGCGGCAACAGAGGAGUCGGCUUGCGCGAGCGCAAGAGAGAGCAGAGAGAGAACGAGAGCUGGAGUAUCAACCAAGAAAGGAGAGGACCGUGAAAGAAACAGAGAUCCAGACCACAGAAAGAAAGCCACAAGAGAGGCCUGGUAGAGAGGAGGAUAUAAAACUAAUCGAAAGGAAGUUUGAGUGCUUUUACUCACUUGACACUAUUGAAGGUUGCAUCUUCAUUCCAUGGAUUAGAAAGGCUACCUCGACAGAGAAAAGUGAAAGUGGUGAGGUCCUUGGAGGCCAAACAGCCAAGGCCUUAACCCACAGUGCCCCCUCAGCCCAAGAUAAACAGACCAACUGGUCAAAGGAAAACAUCCCGCCCUCAGACCAGAAGACAAAUGCCGAUUCUCAAGCUGUCUCCUCAUGCAUUAUCCCCAUUAAUGUCACAGCAGGAGUCGGGUUUGACAGAGAGGCCAGUGCCCGUUGCUCACUAGUUCACUCCCAGUCGGUUCUUCAGAGAAGAAGGAAGCUGAGGAGGAGAAAGACUAUCACAGGAAUACCCAAGCGGGUACAACAGGACAUGGACUCAGAUGAAUCACCUGUGGCAAGAGAGCGCACAGUGAUCAUCCACGCCAAUUCGCAUCAACUCUCUCUCUGUCAAGAGGACUUCUCAAUUAGUGGGCGUCUCCAUCACACUCGUGACUCCGGCUGCCAGACAGAUGAUUUCCUUAUAGCAUGUACAGCUGCUCCCUCCAGAAGACGCAUUAGAGCUCAGCGUAACCAUCAAGGCAUCCCUGCCUCUCUGUCCCAUUCUACGGGUAACAUAUCUUCCCUGGGUGACCAGUCGGACUUCACGUACACCACGGCAUCCACGCAUGGUGGCCGGUUGCGCUCACGCAGCCUACCAAGAGAGGGUGGGCGUCUAAUGGACAGUGACGAGGACGAUGAUGACAACUAUGACGAUGAUGACGAAGAUGAAGAAUUGUCACCUUAUGAGGCUGAGGACUUCAUUCCAUCAGGACCAAGUCCAAGAAUGAAGAUGAUGAUGAUGAAAGAUGAAGAAGAGAGCACAGAUGAUCAGGCAGCCCCUGAGCCCCUGCAACUUGGAAGCCUGAAACGACUGCAGAGGUCUAGUGAAAGAGACCGGGGGAGCGGAGGAGGUGGGAGUCCAGAACAUGGCUGGAUGGAGAGGGGUCGUUCUCGCUUGCCUCGCAAGGCUGACAUGGGUAGCUGCGAAAUUUCAUCCAGUUCUGAUACUUUCAGCAGCCCCAUUCAUUCAGUGUCUACUACAGGAGUUCUCGGCAGCCACGUUGAUCACAAGGAAGACCACCAGUCAUCGAGUGGCAACUGGAGUGGUUCCAGUUCCACUUGCCCCUCACAAACGUCUGAAACCAUCCCUCCACCCUCUUCUCCACCCCUGACAGGCUCUUCCCACUGUGAUUCAGAGUUAUCACUUAACACAGCGCCCAAUGCUAUUGAUGAGGGAUUUUCCCUCGAUCCUUCCUACCACUCUGACCUCAGGCCCCAGAGUCAAGGCCCCAGAUCAAGCUCUUUUACAUCAUCAGCCACAGACCAGCUUGAUGAUGCAGGGGUCAGUACAGCCAGCGAAGGGGAGUGGGCAUACCCCCCAGACCAAGAUCAGACUGACCCAGACCAAGACCUGGAUCACAACCAAAAGCUGAGUGAAAGUCACCAGUUUCUUCAAGAAUACAGCUCAAAAGAAGGUCUUAAAGACCAAACAUGUUUCAGUAAACAGAACACCAAUGCUGAAAAAGAGCCCAGCUCUCAUUACCCACCUGGUACAGAGGGUUUUUACUCAUCGUCUGCAAAUUAUGAGGAGUAUAAUCAGACUUACAGAGAAUACACAUGUAACUAUGCAGACCUGGGUCCUGGCUGUCAUCAGUCCAACACUUUGGCAACGCAAUUAUCCCAUGGAGGUUAUCAUCGGCCCUCGCUUGAGUUCAAAACAGGUACUAUGACUUUAGGGAGGACUUGCCGUCCGCUAAGAAAAUCAAAAAUCAAACCUCCACCACCCAAGCGAACAUCCUCACUAAAGGAGACCAAUAGUAGUGUUGAUGUUGGAACAGACACACAAGCAGAUAAGGAUCAACCAAAGAUGGUUAGUGAGCAAGAAAUUACCUCGUCUUCCACAGAUUUGAAGCUUGAACUGGACUUGGAACAUGGAGGAGCUCCAGAACCAUUACAGUCAUCUUGUCUAGUUGCAGAGUCUUUGGGAACAUGGGGAAUGGGACUGGGGGGAGCCAUGGACAUAGUGGAGCCUAUGUCCUUUAGCUCGGCAGAUACACAUUCAUUUAAAGAUGAAGGUGCUGUGCAAUCUGACUAUGCAGACCUGUGGCUUCACAACAGUGAACUAAAGUCUAGCAACGGUGAGUACGCAUCAAUGUCUAACUCGAGCACAGCCACAGGCACCACUGUUAUGGAUUGUAUGAAGUCACCCGACAGCUCUUCCUCUUCCACAGAAACACAAAUCCAGGGUGUAGCCCAGGCUACACAGUCCAAGGAAAGUAGUCCAUCUCUCCCAUCUGGAGACUUUAAACUUGGGUCACCUGAGAAACUGGCUGGCCUAGCUUCACCAUCAAGUGGUUAUUCCAGCCAAUCUGAAACACCUACAUCCACCUUACCCUCAUCUUCGGCAGCGUUCUUCCCAGGUCCGCUGUCCCCUUCAACUGGCAAGAGAAAGCCGAAAGUGCCAGAAAGGAAGUCGUCUCUCUCUUCCUUGCAACAAUUUCCACGAGAUGGAACUUCCAUUUCCUUUUGCAAUAAGAGAGAUCCAGACUUUCCACCUCCACCCUCUCAACUCGAUCUCAAUGUUCUACACGGCGGCUAUGUGAGACACACAUUAUCCCACCGACCGUAUCACAUACAUACACUUCACCAUAGCAAACACAGAGUUGCAAAUGUUUUAUCUGCGGGACCAAAAGCAUUGGUCCCUGAAAUAACCAAUACCAACCCACCACCAAGUUCAAGCUCUGCUUUAACAAAUCCAAGCUCACAUGUCCUGCCAGUAACUCUAUCUACAAUUCGGUCAGUCCAGCUUCAUUCAGUUAGCCAAUCUUCAGAGCCACCGAAUACUUCCACAACAUACCAGGACACAGCAAAUGGAGCUGAGACUGUAACAAGACCAAAAUGUGUUCCCAGUGCUUCUACUCUGGCUCCUCCCCCUCUUAAUACCAGGCCUCUUCCUCCCCGAAGGCCACCUCCAAGACCCCCAUGUCAUGAACACGUCUACUCUCCUGAACGUUCACAGCCACCUCCACCUGGUCGACAUCCUGAUGGACCUCCAUCCUAUGAAAGUCUGCUUCUUAGGCAGGACAGGUAUGGACCAGGAACCUUUUGGGCAAUGACUGCCUUCAGAACAAGGAUGGACCCUUCAUCAGACCUCUCUGAAGACAGUUCACCCCUGCAUAGACCAGUGCCACGUGCUCCGCACCCUUCACCUGUGGAUCUCCACACACAUAUCCACUCACACACAGAGUUCAGAGGGCUUACCCACUCCUCACAUUCACGUUCUGAGUUUAGAGUUUUGGGGGAGCGCUCCUUCUCCCAGGAUGAUGAUGAAGAUGAGGAAGAGGAGGAAGAGGAGGAGGAAGAGCAGGUGAAAGAGCCGCAGAGGGCUGCAUGUUCCCGAGGAGGAAUGCGAUCGGACCACCCUCCUCCUCCAGCGUAUGAAUUUGCUGGGGUAUCCCACUUAAACUCAGGGCAAUGGGCUAGUCCUGUUAAAGUGCCUGGUAACACAACAGAGACAUCGCAUCCUUACCUAAUCAGCGAUGCCAGGAAAGGAGGACAAGAAAUGCAGAAAGAAGAGAAGGAAGUGAUAUCAGGUGCUACCAGAAGUGCCCAUCAGCACCAACUCCAGGAGAACAAGGAUGACUCCACCACUCCUGACACUGAGGAUUACUUUAGCAAAGACUCCACACCGAGUGACAAUUCACUUUCCCCUCUGACGGAUGACUCCAAAGUGGAUGACGACAUUAUCAUUACAUCGCCUAACAAAAGUCGUACAACAGAAGACCUCUUUGCCAUGAUACAUAGAUCCAAGAGAAAGGUCCUAGGCCGCAAAGAUUCAGGAGACCUAAAUGUUAAGUCUCGUCUUUGCCCUGCAGCAGCUGUAACCCCUAGCAAUGUUUCCACCGGUGUGGUCCCUCCAGCCCCUCCUCUCAACUUUCCGGCUACUUUAGCCAAUGCUGUUGGGUCACAGAGAGCUCCUGUUCCAAUCUAUCGCAGUGCAAAGAAAUCCAGCACAUCCAACGAGGAGUUUAAACUUCUUUUGCUAAAGAAAGGUAGCAGGUCUGAUUCCAGCUACCGGAUGUCAGCGACAGAGAUUCUGAAGAGCCCCAUCACGCCAAAAACACCAGGGGAGUCCCUUCAGGAAGGUCCUAUUAGACAGGCAGAUGAGCAAUCUUCUAUGCCCCAGGACCCCCCAAUCUCUGGUCUGGACACAAUCCAGAUACCAGGCCUUUUUCCUCGGGCCAACUCAGAAAGUUUCACCCCCAAAACCCUUCCUAUGUCGGCUGCAUCUCGACAGGGACGGUCGCGGAUCCCCCCAGUUGCCAACAGCAGUCGCUACAGUACACGUAGCCGCCUCUACACAGCGCCCAUGCAAGCCAUUUCUGAAGGGGAGACGGAAAACUCCGAUGGGAGCCCUCAUGAUGAUAGAUCAUCAUAAAAUGACCUGAUGAGAACUUUUACCAGUUUUCUGGAUUUGAAAUACCCCCCACUUCUCCUUUGUCACAAGUGGAGGGAGUCCUGCAACAUUUCAAAUCUGACUGUUGCUGAAAUGCACUCAGCUACAACAAAAUUGCUUAAAAGUGGCAGACUGUUGUGAGAUAGAGAAUCAUUUAGGGAUUAUAAUAAAUGCUGAGAAAAUAUCUAAAUACUUUAUUUAGUAAAGAAUUAUCCCCUUCUUUAAAAGUGUAAGAAAUAUUUUGAUUGAACAGGCUUUUUUAUUUAAAAAAAAAAAAGAUUAAAAAAAGUGUCUCCUAAAUGUUCGGAAAAUGAGAGGAAAUAAUAUUGGGACUAAGUGUGUGUGUGCGUGUGUGUGUGCGUGUGUGUGUGUGUGUGUGUGUGUAUACAGGCACAUACUAUCCUUACUAAUAUUUCUACUUUUUGUGUUUUGAAUGGUGCAGGUGCACGGGUGUCACUUGGGGACUGAUUUAUUACGUCAUUUAAAAAUACUUUCCAUAUUUUGUAUUCAUUUAACCUAUGGUGCCCACUGAAUCAGCCAGACUUCCUAGAGUCUUUACUCAGUAUUCCUGCCAACAAGCAAAGUCGGUUUGAUGUGGACGAUACUAGCAAGAGUCUCAACUCAGCACCAAGUUUUCUAUUAUAUCUACAUCUGCAGACCUGCCAUAAAGUAUAUUACAAAGAGCCAAUCUUAUAUUUGUCAACAAAAAUGAUAUCCAAAUACUAACAUGAUGCAUGUAUUUUUGUAAAAAAAAAAAAAAUGCGCCUCAGAACAUAAGGGUAAGACUUCAACUUGUUGCAUGACCUGUAUGGAAAGAACCCCUUGAUCCUGGUUUCUGUCAACAUAUUUUGUACUUCUUUUGUAUUACAGGAGUAAUGAUUAUUUCACUGCUAAAGAUUUGAGUUGCAUUUGCGCCACUAUGAUCAAAACAGAUUUUUCUUUGAUUUGAGUGUCAAAAACAGAAGAUCAUGCAGGCUAAUUUUGGACAAUCGCACAGUGGCCUUUCUCCUACAGAGGUGGUUGUGGCAGGGCGUUUAGAAGUCCCUGGACGUAUAAAUUUACAUGAAGCUUUGUCAAGUUUGACUUGAACUACAUCGCACGCUUAUAAAAAGCCGACCUUAAAUUUUCUUGCUCUCCCCAGCUGCUAACAAUAAAGCAAGAAAGGUGUGUUUUAUUGCAGAUUUAACCAAACCAGUGAGUGCAGCUGGUAAAAUAAAAAGGCUUUAGAAGAAGGACUUCAAUCUGUUGGACUAGAGGUUAACUUGGUAUGGUUUCACAGAUCCAACCUCGUUUUGCACUUCGUGAUUCACAAGAAUAAAAGAAAGAAAGAUAUAUCUUAUAAUUAAAUCCAUGUAUAUUUGUACUGAAUAGAAAAGCUCUUAUCUAUAUUGAAAUGAAGAGAACUUUUAUGGGGAACCAAUCCAUGUGUAGCAAAGAACAGGUCUCACUGACAACAUUACACAUAACUUUUCUUUUGUUUCUUAGCAGUGUACUGUUCGCCUCUCCUUGUUGCCUCUCCUUCAUUUGCACUGACCCAGUAGCGUUAGACAGGUGAAAGCUCAACCCAAAUGGCCGGUGGAAACCCUUCUGAAUUACACUUCAAACCUCACAUAUCACACAGUCUCAGAGGGAGACAGAGAGAAGACAAUAAAAGGACAGAAGUACAACAUAACGUCAAUGGUCCGCACUGCAAGGGUAAAACAGAUGUAUCCGUCGAAGAGAUAUCUUUCAUCACUGGAAAGCUUGACCUCUCACCUGCCUACCAGAACAAACACAACACAGAUACUUCUUAUGUUUAGAGACCUUGCUUCAAUUGAAACCAUUCACUGUAUUCUGUGAAUACCUCAGAAAGCAGAUAGAUAGAUAGAUAGAUAGAUAGAUAGAUAGAUAGAUAGAUAGAUAGAUAGAUAGAUAGAUAGAUAGAUAGAUAGAUAGAUAGAUAGAUAGAUAGAUAGAAAGAAAGAACACAACGGUUUGAAACUCAGCGAAUCUCUAAUGCAGAACUGACACUGUGUAAGAUGGAGAGCAUAAAAAGCUGUGAACUUACUAGAAUUUUACAUUCGUCAAAUUUCUGAAGCGCACUUGUUUCUGUCCACUGUUCUAUUCGUUGUGUUUUUUUUUCAAUCGCAUGCAAUAAAUAAAGGGGGUGGGGGGAGGGGUGGGGGGGAAGAAAAGAAAAAGGACAGCACCUAUUCAUUAUUUUUAUCUGCAGGAUUUCUCCACGAGAAAAAAAAAAAUUAGUAUUUUCUGUUUAAAUGUCAAGUUGAAUAGUGUGUUCUAUAGAUGUACAAACUGUCUGGCUAAUUCUGUUCUGUAUAGUUGUGCUCACACACACAGGGGUUUAUCAUGUACUGUAUAUCUCUUCACUGGACAAUCAUGCAUUUAAGAGACUGUAAAGAAAUGGAUGCAGCAUCUGUCUGGAGGGUGAAUCUGAACAGCUUCUGUGCUGGGGCCCAGUCUCCCGGAGCUGUGGAAGUGAGAGAAAUAUUUUCCCGGGGAAACCAGUAAAAGUGUACAUCUGGACUGACUUUGGAUGACAUGUAGACAUAAACAAAAGACACAGAAAUGGGAAAUGAAAUAUCAAUGCAUAAACGCUAUAAAAGCUUGGUUGACCUGAACAGAAAGUCAUUGUCUAUGUUUAACUCAUAGUUGAUUUUUUUUUUUCUACUCCAACAAACAUUAUUAUGGAUGAACAUAAUUGAUGAACAUGAUGAUUUGAAAAUACUGUAACAUAUUUGACCAUCUGUUUAGUGGGAUUUUUCCAUACUGUACCUUAUACCGGUACUGGGGAAAUAUUUGAUGACUGUUUCCUUUAUCUGAACAGAAGUCAGUGGAAGAUUGAUUAAAACCUUUUGAUUAGAAACACAGAUUGAGACAUCCUUGCGAGCUCCUAAUUAUGUAAUAUCAUUACAGAAUAAGUCACGAGCAGUUGGGAAUAAUAACAGAAGAGUCUAAAACUUUGUAAAGUUUAUUCCCAGCUUUUGUCUGCUUGCAGAUGUGCUCUGCCCUGAAUUAUAACAAUAACCACACAAUAUUUUUUCUUCAAAUAUGUACAGUAUGGAUUAUCACUAAACAGACUAAAAAUAUCUGAGCAGAAAAAAAAUGUAGGCAAUGAUAAAAAGAAAACUGUUACAACAUAGUUCCAUGUUCAAAACUAGCUAGGACUUAACAGAUUUCAGUCUCUUUUGUAUUUUUGUAUAAACCUGUAAAUAUGUUUUUGAAGGAAAAAAA